GCGGCGCACGACAGCCGGGCGCACUGGUCCAGGACCCGCGGGCCCCUGGAAGUGGCCCCUGCAAGCGGCCCCCGGAUGGGCGCGCUGGCUUGGCUGGCUCACUGGAGUCCAGGACCCGCUGGACCCAUUCGGCAGAUGACGAGAUGAAGUUGCGGUGUAGGAAUCGCUCACCCUUCUCCGCCAGGUGAUCACAGGAGGUCCUCUUCGCGAGGAUGCCGUCACAAGGGGCCCCACAGGGGGCGUGGGAGCUCAACACGAUGGAGAGGCGCUACUCCGUGCCGCCCGCCCCCGCCCACCACCGCUCGUCCACCGCCCUGGCGCCACACGGCUACCACGAGCCGCCCUCGCCGGCGCCGCCCCCGGGACCGCCCCCGGGACCGCCGCCGAGGCCCCACCACCACCAGCGGUCGCACUCGGGGCUGGCCGUGCCCUCCAACUCCGAGGACCUGCACGCCUGGUCCAUCUACCGCCAGAACCUCAACUCGGACUUCACCGACUCGGCGCUCGGCUCCAGCGAGAAGUCGCCCCUGCCCUACGGGAACUUCCAGCUCCGCGACUCCACCGUGCACUCCAUCCUCAGCCACCCCCGCUACGGGCCCAAGUCCGCGCUCGGCGCCAACAUGUACACCUACCUCAAGUUCGGGCUCCCGCGAGUGUUCCCGCCGUCGCGGGGUAGAGACGGCUCCAGCGGGUACGACUCCAGCGACGACCAGGGCGCCCACCCUGGCGGCCACGGCCCCCGCUACGGCCUCCGGUCGAGGAGCGACCCGGACUUCCGUAGCCACCCGCCCCAGACGCCACACCCCCCGCACCCCCCGCACCCCAGCCAGCAGCCCAGGCCCUACUCGGGGGCCGGCGCGCGGCAGGGCGGGCGUGGCGAGGCGUGGCGCGCCAAGAGCAGCAGCGAGGCCAACUUGCUCAGCCCCGAGAACAUGUAUCGGCACGAGCACCGGCGCAGCGUCCACGACCUGCGGGGCGCCGAACUCCGCGACCUGGAGCACGCACACACGCCGCCGGGGCUGAGCGGCCGGCGGCCCAUGUCCAAGGCGGGGUCCCACGCCUCCCUGGCGCUGAGCAGGCGCGGCCUCUCCCACCUGGACGACGGCGGCGCGUCAAAGGUCACCGCCAUCUCGGACCUCGGCCACCCCUACUACCCGGGCCCCGGCCCCGGGCUGUCCGACCUCGGCCCCGAGGCCCAGCCGUUCCCCUACCCCCACCUGCAGGUCCGCGGCCUGGAGGUGGAGUCCCGCCGGCACAAGCGCAGCCUGCUGCUGCAGGGCAUCUCCCUGGAGGUGCGCGGCGGCGAGCUCAUGGCCAUCAUGGCCACUUCCGGCGAGGAAGGCACCGCGCUGCUGGACACCAUCGCGGGCUGCCAGUCGCGGCUGGCGGGCCGCGUGCACGGCGACAUCCUCCUCAACGGGCAGUGCCUCUCGCGGGGGCAGCUCAGCAGGCGCGUGGCCUACGUGCGCAGCGAGCGCACCCUCAACCCGCACCUCAGCGUCGAGCAGACGCUCUACUUCACCAACUGGCUGCGGCGGCCCGGCUACCAGGGCGCCAAGACGGACACCAAGGACAGGAUCGCCGCCCUGGUGGAGGACCUGGGCCUGGAGCAGGUGCGGCACACAAAGGUGUGGUCCCUGACGACGUCCGAGCAGCGCCGCCUGUCCGUGGCCACGCAGCUGCUGCUGGACACGGACGUGCUGGUGCUGGACCGGCCCACCGCCGGCAUGGACAUCUUCGACACCUUCUUCCUGGUGGAGUUCCUGCGGCAGUGGGCGGGCCACACGGCGGGCAGCAUGACGGGCAGGGUGGUCAUCAUGACGCUGCACCCGCCCACCUACGAGAUCUUCACCAUGCUGUCCAGGGUGGCGCUCGUGUCCAAGGGCAGGCUCAUGUUCUGCGGCCGGCGCAGGGACAUGCUGCCCUACUUCGCCAGCGCCGAGUACCCGUGCCCCGCCUACAAGAACCCCUCGGACUACUACCUGGACCUGGUGACACUGGACGACCUCUCGGCGGAGGCCAUGCUGGAGUCCAGCCAGCGCAUCGAGCAGCUGGCCGACGUGUUCCGGCGCCGGGAGGAGCCCCUGUCCGACCCGGGCGCGCCGGCGGGUCUGCCGCCGUCAGUGCGCAGCGCCAACGUGUUGAAGCAGGCCACGGCGCUGGUGGUGUGCUGGGCCGUGUACGCGCAGCCGGGCGCGCUGUCGCGGUGGCUGUCGCACCUCGUGCUGGCCGUGGCGCUGUCACUGUGCCUCGGCGUCGUCUGGUGGGACGUGGCCGCCUCCGACCCGCAGCUGCUGCUCGGCGACCGCGUCGGCUUCCUGUACGCCACGCUCGUCGUGAUGCCCUGGCCGCUGCUGCUGCUGCAGUCCGGCUGGAGCGACACGUGGUGGCGGGCCGUGGCGGACGACGUGCGGGACCGGCUGUACGGCCGCAUCGUCUACAUCUUCAGCCAGAUCCUGGCCGGCCUGCUGCCCUCCGCCGUCAUCUGGGCCGGUUACGUGGUGCCCGCCUACACCAUGACGGGGCUGCAGAACCAGGCCACCGACCCCAACGCCUUCUACAUCUACACCGGGUUCUCGCUGCUGUACCUGCUGUCGCUGCAGUCGCUGCUGGUGGCGCUGAGCACGGCGCUGCGGUCGCGGCGCGCGGCGGGGCUGCUGGCGGGGCUGCUGCUGCUGCCCCUGGCGCUGCUGUCCGGGCCGCUGCUCCACGAGCGCGACCUGGCCGCCCACCCCUGGCUGCAGUACGCGGCCCUGGCCUCGCCCAUGCGCUGGGUGCUGCCGACCCUGGCGCGCCGGGAGUACGCGCCGGACGUGGUGGCCGCCAGCGUGGCCAACAUCAUGUGCAGGAACAAGCAGGUGCAGCACCAGGACAUCAUCGUACAGCUGCCGUGCCCGCCGCCCAACGUGACCGCGGCGCUGCAGUACCACGGCCUCGGCCCCGGGCUGGACGCGGCGGCGCUGUCGCUGCUGGGCAGCCCGGCGGGGCCGAGCGGCGUGGUGACGGCGGCCUCCAGGACCACGUGGCCCGAGCCCGGCGCCCUGGCCUGGCCGGCCAUCGCGCUGGCCGUCUUCUGGGGCGCCUUCGCCCUGCUGGCCUGCUUCGUGUUCCCGCUGACGGCGCUGCGGCACCGCGCCAAGAGGCGCGCCACCAGCCACCGGCCUUAG